UUUAGUGCAUUUGCGUGUAUUUGUUGCAUUUACCAUCGUUCGUUUGAAAACACGCUUCUUUUUAAUAUUAUUUAACACAACGAUCUCCCGAAAGAAGAACCUCUAGUUAAAAGGUCAACAGCUUGUCACACCUACAGGAGUUAAGUCAUAACCGUCGUAUACACACGCGGGAACACCCCAAUCCGCAGGCUAAAAAAAAACGCACGUGGGCCAGGAGAUGGAUGUGGAAAACGGCGAGGGGCAGGUGCAGGUGCACCUGAAAACCAAACAGGAGCACUAUGCCGUGCCAGAUGUGCCGUACGCCAUCGAUGGAACUGUCACUACCGUGGAGCUAAACACAUUCGUGAACGCACUUCUGCGCCAACAAGAUGGCUCGUCCGACACUGACUUUGACUUUCUGGUAUUUGAUGAGUACUUGCGCGGCCGGCUAUGCGAUCACCUGCGCGAGAAGGCAAUCAGUUUCGAGGACGCCAUAGAGAUCGAGUACGUGGAGCGGUUUCCGGCGCCAGAGCCCCAGGAUUGUCUGCUGCACGACGACUGGGUGUCAGCGGUGAAGGCCAAUGGAAAGUGGAUCCUAUCCGGCUGCUACGACAACACCCUGAAUCUGUGGACCAACAAGGGCAAGCACAUUCUCACUAUUUCCGGUCACACGGCGCCCAUCAAGGCGGUGGACUGGAUAUCGCUGGACGAGGAGACGGGACGCUUUGUAUCCACCUCGCAGGAUCAGACCGCUAUGCUGUGGCAGUGGAACGUAGGCUCCAACUCGGUGGAGUGCGUCUCCGUGUGCAAGGGUCACGAGCGAGGCGUCGAUAGUGUCAGCGUGAGUCCGGAUGGCCUGAGAUUCGCCACGGGCUCUUGGGACACGAUGUUAAAGGUGUGGUCAGCAGAGGUGGAGGAUGCGGUUGAGGGCAGCUCGAAGCGGAUGAAGGAGAGCGGUGUGAGAACCCCCAAAAUUACGCUGCAGGGACAUCGUGAGAGCGUAUCCGCAGUGCAGUGGAUGGAUGCAUCCACUCUGCUAACUGGCAGUUGGGAUCACACACUCAAGGUGUGGGAUCUCAGCCUUGAGGGUAUCAAGACCGAAAUAUCCACCAACAAGUCCAUAUUCGAUGCGAGCUACUCCAAGCUGAAUCGCCUGAUACUGACGGCUUCGGCGGACAAGAAUCUGCGGCUUUAUGAUCCCAGGACAAACCAGGGAUCUAUCGUGCGGAAUACCUACCUUGGACACAAUGCCUGGGUGCAGACCGUCAUGUGGUCCACCACGGAGGAGUUCCUAUUUGUGUCCGGGGCUUAUGACAACCAGAACAAGCUGUGGGACUGCAGGAGUCCCAAGGCCCCACUUUACGAUCUUCUGGGUCACGGCGAAAAGGUCCUGGACAUCGACUGGUCCAAUCCCAAGUACAUAGUCUCCGGUGGUGUUGAUAACACGGUGCGCGUGUUCAAAUCACGCAAGGCGCUAGCGGAAGAUACGGAUACAAAGUAAUCCUAAAAUUUGUAAACUUUUUAUAAAUACAAAACUAGUUUAAACUUUAAAGUAAAGAUUGAAAAAUAUAAAA